AGAAGGCGAAGGAUCCAAGUUGGGUUUUGGGCGCACGGAAUACUUCGAGAAUGAUAGGGAUCUCUGCCUCUCCGACGGUAGAAACUAGCCGUUGCCAUUCCGCUCUUCUCCUCCCGCUCCCAUCUCUCAGAACUCGUCUCCCUCCGAACCUAAAGCCCAGGACGAGCCUCGCACGAUCCGGUGGCAGACGAGGCGUACGGUGCAGUAGCAGCGGGCCACCAAGCCCGGGUUCAGGUGACAAUGAUAGCAAAGCUAUUCUUGAUGCAUUUUUCUUGGGCAAAGCUUUCGCAGAAGCACUAAAUGAAAGAAUAGGAUCUACAGUGGGGGAGAUCUUGAGUGUGAUUGGUCAAUGGCAAGCUGAGCAACAAAAGCAAGUCCAAGAUUUCCAGGAAGAAGUGAUAGAGAGAGCGAAAAAAGCCAAGGAGAGAGCUUCUCUAGAGGUGAUGGAAGAACGAGGUGUCAUCUCAAAGUCUCUGAGGGCACCUUCGGAUACUGCGACUCCAGCUGAUUCACCGCCAUCUCCGGAUCCCAAAACUGAGGAUCCUUUCCAAGAGAUGUUGAAGGAUUAGCUUGCUCUUGCACUCUUUGGCUUGCCAUACAGAAAACUAAUAUAUUUUUAAUAUCUUGAUGCUGUAUUAGAAUCUAGGCUCUCUUCAGCAUGGUAGGCCAUGAUCCGUGAAACCGGUGUUUCAGAGCAACAGCUUGCCUUCCGGCAGCAAACGGUGCCUUUUCUUGUGCUUGAUUCUUAGAUUAUUGAUGGUUAUCUUUUGUUAUGGCAUGCAUGUGGAGUACAGCAGCGCAUACAUUUUUAUCCGAAGCAAGCUGAAUUUGUGGCUA